AUGGUGCCCCCCAGCUCUCCCAAAUCUCCAUGUCCCCCCGUUCUCCCCUCCCUGCAGUACCAGGAAGUGGUGCUGUCGGAGCCUGGCCCGGGGCACUGGCUCAAGGACAGGACCCGGCCCGUGGCUGACAGUUCCCUGGAGACGGGGCGGGUACAACCAGAUCUCCACAUGCUGCAAGUGGUUUCCAGCUGUGACCUCCUGUCCAAUGGCAUCUAUGGAUCCCACCGGUAUGGCUACAAGGGCUGGGAUUUCAUCUCCUUCCAGCUGGGAUCCAGGAGCUUUGCAGUGUCCGAUGGUGCCACCUGGAUCAGCCAGAGGUGCUGGUAA